CUUGAAUGUUUGGUUAUGGUUGUCCGAAAUUGCUUACGUAAUUUCAGGUAAUUCAAUCCGUUUUCAAUAAUCCAAACAAUAGGAAAAUCGAACAAAAUCUAUAAUGUAAUGUUGAGAAACAUAAUACGAAGCGUAAUUCAUAGAUCAAAUCUCAUCGCGUCGACUAAUAAUACAACAAACCGAAUUAAAUUACACGUAUCAGCAUUGAGAAUGGGCGAUAAAGUUGAUAAAGCAAAUCUAAAAAGUCGUUUAACGCCUAUACAAUACCAAGUUACUCAGGAAAAAGGAACUGAAAGACCUUUUACUGGUUGUUAUAAUAAAACAUAUGAUCCAGGCACUUACGUCUGUAUAGUUUGUGAGCAGCCGUUGUUUAGUUCAGACACAAAAUACGAUAGUGCUUGUGGAUGGCCAGCCUUUAAUGAUGUUUUAGAUGCAGGAAAAGUAAAACUAUCACCUGAUACCAGCGGAGUCGGAUCAAACCUACUACUCCUUAUUACCCAACCAGGACGGAUCAGGACCGAAGUGACCUGCUCGCAAUGUGGGGCCCACUUGGGACACGUAUUCGGGGACGGGCCCCCACCAACCAAGAAACGGUUCUGCAUCAACUCUGCUUCACUCAAUUUUUUACCAAAAACCGCCGAAGAUUGAUCAUCAACAUUUAACGAGCAAAAGUAUUGCACAUUUUUACCGCAUAGUCAAAUACUUUUUCCCAUGAUAUGUUAAGAAUUUUCCAACCGGUUUACUAAUUAAUUUAUACAUAUAUAUUUUAAUUUUGAAACACCCUAAUUUAUACAUAUGCAAUACUUGCGCUCAAUAUAUUUAGAUUAGAAUUUAAAGCCAAAUUCUAAAAAUUAUUGAUCUAAAAUUUAGUGUGAAGUAACAAUUUUAUACAUUUAUAACAAUUUUAUUUCAAUUUAUUGUAUUAGGUUGUGUUAUUGCUUGACUUUUAACAUUUGUGUGAACUUUUACCUCACUUUGUGAUGUUUUAAAACAGAUUAUUUUUAUAAUGUAGUUUUGUUACCAAAAUAAAUUUUUGACUACUA